AUGGCUGACACUACCAAGUAUACGAGGACCUCCCUUGCGUUCGGCAAUGCGGACCCAGCGCUGGUCGACUUUGACCAGCGGUUGCGCGAAGGACCCUCUGCCGCCAUCGAGCAUUUUCGCUCACUGUUCAUGAGCCGGGGACCAGCGCCCAUGCCUGCACGAGGCGAACUCAUGACAGCGAUCUACGUGAUCUCUUUCCGCUUCAGCUUUCGUGACGGGGAGGACUGGGUAUGGCCUCCGAAGCUCGAGGAACUCUGGGAUAUCAAUCGGAACGUGGAGACCGUCGACGCUCUUGGGCCCGAGCUUUGGAGAGCUUGUAUCGGGAGCGAGCUACCUAUGCUGCUCAUAGACAUCAUCGCGGCGAAAGACUUUUUCGCGCAGCCGGCUGCUUGGAUCACCGCAGUACUUGACUGCCUUUUCGGCUUCAUGGAGAUUGUGAUCUACGACAUCGAGCCCAAAGCCAACACGCCGCGCGGAGGUCCCGGAUCUGGGUUUCUCCCGCUGCCUUUUGUGAAGAAAUUCCUGCGCAAGACAAGGCUCGUAUGGGAUGCUGUUUGGGAGCACCGGACGGAGGUUGUGGCUGCUGACGCCGAUAGGCGCCUGAGGACGAUUGAGAAGCUUGCACACUUCGUCGAGCGUGCUUAUCGCUACAAGUAUUCGAUACACGGCGAUCUCGUCGGGACAAAAAUCGCCUAUAUCGCUCUAUUCUCUUGGACGGCACAGUCUCGUACGUCGAUCACGCAGGUCGGCGAAGGCACGGGACUUUCCGCCUUUCUCUCCUUCGUCGACGAAACCCGCAGUGCUAGUGGCACUGAUACUGUACAGACAAUAAUGCCCGACAUCAUCAAUUCGAUAGGUCUGGAGAAGAUACUUACGACUGCGCGCACGUCGCUGGAUCAUUCGGCACUCGGACAAAUGAAGGACGAGAGUCUCCGGCGAGUCUUGCAGACAGUGGACGCUAUUGUGCGCACGAACCUGGACACUCGCAUGACGUUCUGGAACUUCUCAUUCGCGCCCUCUGCCAUGAAGGCGCUGCGCCGGCAGAGCAAAGAGGGUGUGCCGAUCUUCGAGGACUGGAAAACGAACAUUCGAAUUGUGAAUUGCUGCAUGGGGCUCAUACACACUGCCAUCGUCGGACUCUUCGUCAGCAACACGAAGUUACCUCCGGGCGAAGACAUAUUCUUCCUGCAGGAGAGAGCAGUUCAAUGUGCGCUUGCAGGUAUGGCAGCUCUGGGGUCAGUAUACGACACCGUCAAUGGAGAUAUGGUCGUCUUCAACGAACUGUUUGAACCAUUCCUAAUGCAAUGGAGUGAUACCCACCUGAGGAAACUAGUUGGUCUGGGCCAAGAGCGUCUAUUACAGAGCUACAAGACCGUCGCCUGCGAGUGUUGGUACGAGAACAUGCGCAACAUCCGCGGCGCUAGGUAUACGCAGAUCACCCGGGAUAGUUAUCAAAUGCUGGUCGAUUGCUGGUCUUUGCUGGGCAAAGCCCUCAGUCUUGACGAGGUCAAGGAGCGCGACCGCUUCGAGACUCGGCGCACGCGCCUGUGCUCGUGGAAGAUGUGUCCCUCGCAUCAGAAGCCUUCUGACAAGCCAUUGCAGGUCUGCAAAGGGUGUAAGGAGGCACGGUACUGCUCAAGGGAGUGUCAAAUGAGUGACUGGAAGGAUGGCGGACAUCGUAAACUAUGUCGACGCCUCAAACAGUGA